CAUUUUCUCUCUUCUUAUUUCUUUUUAUAAAAAGCUCUUCUCUUCUCUCUUCCCUCUCAACAUUCCAUCUCUUUUCUCUCUUUCUCUGAUCAUUGAGAAGUCCGAAUCAAUCAUGGCUCAAGAAGAGAUACAGAAGCCUGCUGCUUCAACCACCACCGCUCCUGUUCCGGCAAAGGAGGAAACUCCUGUUGUGCCGCCGGUUAAGGAGGUUUCUGCACCUGUUACUACGGACAAAUCAGUGACAGCGCCUGCUCCUGAGUCCAAGGAGGAGAAAGUUGUGUCUGAGAAAGAGGCCCCCGUUACGGUGACGGAAACAGAGGUUACGGUAGAGGAACCGGAGGUGACGGUGGAAAAGGUGGAAGAGAUCAUGACGGGAAAAGUGAUCGCGCAUACGGAAUCGUUUAAGGAGGAAGGCUAUUUGGCUUCAGAGUUGACGGAAGCUGAGAAGAAUGCGUUGGCGGAGUUUAAGGAGAUGGUGAGGGAAGCUUUGAACAAGCAUGAAUUCACCGCUCCACCGGCGAAAGAAGAGACAGUGGAGGAGAAGAAAAGAGAGGAAACAGAGGAAGUGGCUGAGACCAUAACAGAGGAGAAAUCUGCUGCUCCGACCGUCGUAGAGACCAAGAAGGAAGAAACAUCCGCCGUUCCUGCUCCGGAAGAGACUAAACCAGCUGCUCCCGCCGCCGCAGAGAUCAAGAAGGAAGAAAAACCAGUCGCUCCUACACCAGUAGAGUCAAAACUGGCUGCUCCGGUCGUAACAGAGACAAAGAAGGAAGAGACACUCGCCCCGGUAGAGACCAAACCGGCUGCCCCGGUCGUCACAGAGACAAAGAAAGAAGAGGCCAAACCGGCUGCUCCGGUCACCACUGAGACAAAGAAAGAAGAGAAACCUCCGGUCACCACGGAGACCAAGAAGGAAGAGAAACCGGCUCCAGUAGAGACCAAACCGGCUGCUCCGGUCACCGCUGAGACCAAGAAGGAGGAGAAACCGGCUCCGGUAGAGACCAAACCGGCUGCUCCGGUCACCACAGAGACAAAGAAAGAAGAAGAGAAAGCAGUCACCUCUGCCCCUGUAGAGACCAAACCAGCUACUCCAGUCACCACAGAAGUGGUAACAAUCGAGAAGGCUUUCGCAGCUGAACAAGAAGAAGCAACCAAAACCGUGGAAGCAAUCGAAGAAUCGAUCGUCUCGAUCACUCUUCCAGAGACGGCUGUCUCGGUAGAGCCAGAAGAAGUCUCGAUCUGGGGCAUCCCACUUCUGGAGGACGAAAGAUCCGACGUAAUCCUCCUCAAGUUCCUCCGAGCUCGCGACUUCAAGGUCAAAGAAGCCUUCACCAUGCUGAAAAACACGGUCCAAUGGCGCAAGGAAAACAACAUGGACGAGCUCCUGGCAGAAGAUCUCCAAGGGGCCGAGUUCGAGAAGAUGGUGUUCACUCACGGAGUUGACAAGCAAGGACACGUUGUGAUCUACAGCUCGUACGGUGAGUUCCAGAACAAGGAGAUUUUCUCAGACAAGGAGAAGCUCAACAAGUUCCUCAAGUGGAGGAUUCAGUUCCAAGAGAAGUGUGUGAGGUCUCUUGACUUUAGCCCCGAGGCUAAGUCCUCGUUCGUGUUCGUUAGUGACUUCAGGAACGCGCCAGGGCUCGGUAAGAGAUCAUUGUGGCAGUUUAUAAGACGUGCCGUUAAGCAGUUCGAAGACAAUUAUCCAGAAUUUGUGGCUAAAGAGCUGUUUAUUAAUGUCCCAUGGUGGUACAUUCCUUAUUACAAAACAUUCGGGAAUAUCAUUAUAUCUCCAAGGACAAGGAGCAAGAUGGUCCUUGCUGGUCCAUCCAAAACCGCUGAAACCAUAUUCAAAUAUGUAGCUCCUGAAGUAGUCCCGGUUAAAUACGGUGGACUCAGCAAAGAAAGUCCAUUCGCUGUUGAAGAUGGAGUCACCGAGGCCGUAGUUAAAUCCUCAGCUAAGCAUAUCAUUGAAUUGCCUGCUUCCGAGGGUUCCACGCUCUCGUGGGAGCUUAGGGUUUUGGGCGCGGACGUGAGCUAUGGUGCACAAUUUGAACCAACCAACGAGGCAAGCUACACCGUGAUCGUCUCUAAGAACAGGAAAAUCGGUUUAACUGAUGAACCUGUGAUAACCGAUUCUUUCAAGGCGGGUGAACCGGGAAAGAUCGUCAUUACGAUUGAUAACAAUACGUUUAAGAAGAAGAAGGUGAUCUACAGGUUCAAAACGCAAGCAUAAGACAUAUGUCCCUAUCUUGAAAAGAAAUAUGGUUAUUCGGGUCAAAUUUUAAUUAAUUUAAAUUAGAAUUUUCAUUUGUUUAUGUACUUUUUGAACCUCAAAAGGGGAUUGUGUUUUGUUGAUGCUUUGAUUUGGUUUGGUGAUGGGAUUUUCUUUUUUUUGUUAAUGAUUCCUAUAUAUACAAAUGUUUGUGUGCGGAGAUGUGAUUACUUGACAAUUUUCUUUUGUUUCGAAAAAAUAUUUGAUACUU